AUGCAAGUGCCGGUUCUCGGCUGCACUUUCCUCACGCUGUCAGAUCGUGAGGAAAGUACUGCCGAGAACCGGCAGUUGUCAGAGCGAGGAUCGGCACCGAUCAUCAGGGCACUGAUGAUCAGUGCCCUGAUGAUCGGUGCCCAGCAGUGCCACCCGCAAGUUCCGCCCACCUGUGCCCAGCAAUCACCCAUCUGUGCCCAGCAGUGCACCCACCUGUACCCAGCAGUGCAUCCACCUGUGCCACUCUGCAGUGUCACACACCUGUGCCCAGAAGUGCCACCUACCUGUGCCCAGCAGUGCCACCCACCUGUGCCCACCAGUGCCACCCACCUGUGCCCA